UUUCAGAUUGCUCUCCUAUUGCGAUGAAACUUUCGAAAUAAAAAAAAAUUAAUAUAUAGCAGAUGUCAUUGGCUUUAAAAUUAUUCCCCUUAUUCCUUUUCCUAUUACUAUUGCUACCAAUUGAUUCAAUCCCAAUCAUAAAAUCGCUACUGAAUCCGUCAACUCCACAUGCCAACUCUCAAGCAUACGUGGAGACAUCAGACGUCACUAGUCAAUUCACUAUCUACGCUUCGAAUAUCUCAAGUUGCCUGUUCAAAACAGCUGUGAUACCUUGCGAAUGUUUUCUGCAAGUUUCGAAUGAUUAUCGGUUAGAGGAAAAUGGAAAACUGCUUUCCAAGUUUGCGGUAUCUCCACCAGACAUUAAAAUUUUCACACCAAGUACUCACGAAAUGCUCAAUGAGCUAACGGUUCACAUACUCCCAAAACUUUGUCGGGAGGAUCUAUCGGAUAUUCAACUCGAAUAUCGCUCCUUCCAGGUGUUUCCUGGAGAAGAGGAGUCGAGUUGGAAGACGGUGAGCGCCGUUGCAAAAACGCUGAAGGACACCAAGACGAGCCUAAUUUUCGGUUGUAAACACUUCUCAGACCCCGGCUAUUAUCGCGUGUCAAUUCGACUUUCUCUGGUCAAUUAUACAGUGCAGGCUGACAAAUGGAUAGUUGUGAAUCGAACAAAUCAAAAUGCCCUACGACUACGAGAGGACAGUAUUUUCCCGCAUUGCAGUUCCGAUUACACAGUUGGCUGGAGUUUGGCGGAGUGCUCCAUGGAGCAUCUACACUACCGGCUCCGUAUAUUAGCAGUUCCAGAAGGCGCGAAAAACCAUGACGAUGGAGCUGUAUAUAUUGAGGAAAUUGGAAUUGCUCCCGACAUGCAUCACCUGAAAAUCAGUUGCUCCCAAUUUGACAUAAUCCACGAGAAAUACUGCUUCGAGUUGGUAUCCGUUAACCGCAACUCUUCAGUGUCUCAUACAUGGCACAGCGUUUGCGUCAGUACGGAGCCAGUGGAAAGAAAACUUGGCGGAUGGUCGGCAUGGAGCGAGUGGAGUGCAUGCUCGGAAACUUGCGGAUCGGGACGGCAACGAAGAGUACGAUUCUGUAAUGAGCCAGUGCCGAAAAGAUCAAAAUAUUGCGACGGGCCAUUGAUAGAAACUCAGGAGUGUACAUUAACAAAAUGCCCGGAAGCUAUGAUGCCUCAAAGUUUGUCUACGAAUUGUUCUUGCGGAUGUGCUUUGUCGCUGGAAGCCAGCUCAUUUUUCGCCUCGUCAAGGCAUAGCAGGAUGUGCGAAGGGAAUCAGACUUGGACGUUACCAAAAAUGGAUGGGUUUAAAAUAGCUGACUUCACAAUACGGAAGCAAGGAGAUGCCAAGGGGAAAUUGUUCUUUUUUCUGAGAGCACCUUAUCAAGAACUAGUUUGGUCAUCUGAUUCUCAUCAAGAAUAUCAGUUCUCUCUUCCCAUGUCUGCUCCGAUUUUUGUCGUCCUUUGGAGCAAAAGCAACGACACUGCUAGAUUAAAACAAAUUGACGAUGGAUUCACAGUUUCGUACUCCGUGCGAGAUGCUGAUUCUUCACCAACAGUUGCAAAAAUCGACUCAUGUCAACCAUUUUGUCCGGAAACAAUGGCUAUAGCGAUUAUGGCUAUCAUCUUCAUCUGCAUAAUAUUCAUUCCGCCAUUAGUAUGUGCAGCGGUAACGGCAUCCAUGAGAAGGAAUACUAGUCCAGAAGUACCAUUGAUGGACAACAAAUAUGAUUCGGAAAUGAUUAGAAGUGGCAACACGGAGAGCACACAUGUAAGCUCAAGAAAUUAUGUAGCGAAGCGGAGCAUUGGGAUUCAGUUGAGUGUACAAAGUACACCAAGAACGGCUCGUGCUUGCCUAUCCCACGAGUCACCUGUACCACCCCGUGGACAAUCUUCACUCAGCGAAUGUGAUGAACUUGAGUACGACUAUUACGAUGGUACAACUUUCCCCGGCAGUUUUUUGGCACCCGUGCAAGAUGUUAUGUAUUCGCAAAUUGAUAUUGAUCAGAUUAUCGGCCAAUCGGAACUUUUCAUAAACAGCGUUGAAAAAGCAGAUGUUCACACUCAAAUUUAAUUUGAUUUUACAUACUCUAUUUAUUUAUUUUUUUUUAUCAUACCGAACUUUGGUUUGAUUUCAUUUUUUAUUUCAUUCAUCAUUUCCGACCAAACAAAUGAUUCAUGUGCCUUAAUCAUUUAAUCAGUUCAAUUUUAUUCUUCACCUUUCUUAUCUAUUAAAUACGGGAAACAAUUUUCGAAAGAAACCAAAUUUUCAUUCUUAAGAAUUAUUUUUAUUUAAUUGUCUUUAUCUCAUCUCAUUUUUAAUUAGUAAACUUUUUUUAAUAAACGUUUUUCAGUUU